AAAUAACCAGUAAAAAGCUCAUUUUACGGUUUUCCAUCUUCAGUUUACUUUCGGUUUUAAUGAAAACAAAGAACGGAUAUUAGAAAAAACACUCAAACAUUCUGGAAAUGGGGCUUAUGAUUAUCCCAUGUUUUUCUGAUUAUUAAAGCAUUUGAGUUGGCAACAGGAAACCCGAGAUAUUCCUACCGGUUUGAAGUAUACCCGGUGGACAAAUGUCCCAUGAACUCAUCUGAAUUUGAGAUAGCGGCAAAAAGAAGAAAUUGUACAAAAGAAACACGAUACCUGUGUGCUCCUGAUAAAUACCUGUCAAAUCUAAUAGAAUUCUGUUCGGACACCUCAAAAUCACUUUUUGGAGAAGGUAACUGUAUACGACUUGAUGGUACAGGUGACCUUAACCAUUAUAGCUGUGUAAAAAGUUUCACUAGUGGCUGUCCAACGACACCAUACACCGAUGAUGAAAUAUAUACAUACCCAACGUGCCUAGCGAUCAACAGAAAUUUGAAUUGUUUUGUAGCAGAAAAAGACUGCAUUGAAGGAUUAUCUCCAACAACUGAUAUAUACGUGAAUAGUUCUGAAACAGGAAAUGGAGAAUUGAAAGAAAAAGCAGUUCGCCGUAAUACAAAUGUCAUAUUACUCAUCGUCAUAAUCGUUUCUCUGAUAUUAACGGUAGGGAUACCUGGGAUAAUGAUAAUCUUCUACAAAAGACGAAAAAAGCAUGAAGAAGAUAACUCAAACCAUGGCUUAUCUACAUCACACCGUAAACCUGACGGUAUACAUACUAGAACAGUUUCAUUUUCCAGGGAACUCGAGGGUGAAAAUGAACAGUUGAUAAGUGUACGAGCUGAAGCCGAUCAAACAGAUGGAGGCAAGCCAACAGAAGAACUGAUCAAAGCUGGAGCUGAUACAUAUCCAUCGAACAAUACUGAAACACCGCUGACAGCUGCAUGUUUAAAGGGACAGUUUAACGAGGUUGAAAAAUUGAUUGAAAUGGGGGCUAAUGUCAAUCAAAAGGAUAGCGAAAAAACACCAUUAACAACUGCAUGUUAUUUGGGACAGUUGGAUUUAGUUGCGAAACUUAUCGAAAACGGAGCUGAUACCAAUAAAAGAGAUGGAAAUGAAACACCACUGACAGCUGCAUGUUAUAUGGGGCAUUUAAGCGUAGUUGAAAAAUUGAUAGAACAUGGGGCUAACGUCAAUCAAAGAGACAAAACAGGUACACCUCUUGAGAGUGCUUAUGGGCGAUUUGAGUGUAGUUCGUGCGUUGAUAAAUGCAAAGGCUGAAACGCCAAAAAUAUAUGAACAUGAUAGGGACUUUUGGAAUUUGGUUGGGUGAAAAGACACAAAUCGGCUUGAAAGCCAAACAAUAACCGUAAUUAAGAAAGUUAAACAAGAUGGUGUUUUGUUUAAAAUUAUUCAGUUGUAAUUACGCAUCCAGUAAAAUAAAUAUACAAUAACUUUAUUGUAAAACUGAGUACUGUAAAUUCCUUAUUUUACGCAAGUACUUAAUUCCCCAAUUCAGUGAUUUACCAUCAAAUCGCGAGUGUCGAAAUUUUAUCAUAGUUUUAUGUAGUUUACAUCACUGUCUCAAAAUUAAAAGCGAGAUUUUAGAAUUCGCGAGACAGGCUUCUCGCGAUUUUACGCGGAUAUUAAUUCCAAGCGUUAAAUUUGGAAUUUACAGUAUACAACUAGAUAACAUCUUUACAACAGGUUGUUAAAUGGUUAUUAGAUAGUUGUUGUACGAUAAUAAUUACAUCGUUGAUGUUUAUUUAUAAGUUGGUUGUUUUACAUGUUGUUGUAGUAUUGUAAUUUUGUUGUUGUAUUGUUCGCAUUUUGUUUUUGUAAAGUGAUAAUUUAGUUGCUGUAUGGUUAUAACUUAGUUGUUGAUUGUUGUAAAGUAAUGAAUUUAGUAUAGCUGUUGUAUUGUUAAAGGUGGUUUGUUGUAUUGUUACUGUAUGAUAUAGUUGUUGCAUAGAUGUAAUUAAUUUAGUUGUCGUAUGGUUUGAAUUCAUAUAAUGUGUUGUUGGGUGUUACAACUGAGCUGUUGUAUAGUUUUGUCUUAGUUGCUUUACUCAGGCAUACUGUUAAAGAAAAAAGAUGGAUAGAUAAGAGCACAGUUGCUAUAUAUAAUUUAAAUUGAAAAAACUCAUACUAUUAUGAAGAUAUCAACUUUUUAAAAUUACGAUAGAUGAACGUAAAAUCAACUUUAAAAGAUAAAAAGAGAAUUAUAGGAUAAUUGUCUGGAUAUUAGUAUCAAAUAUCAUACGCUACAGUUGAAUACCCAAAAGAUUACAUGUAGCAAACCAGUUGUAUAAUAUUGUCAAUUAUUUUUGUGUUCUUAGAGAUGAUCAUUACUUUAAUUUUUCCCCUAAAUGAUGUUUUAAAAAUUAUCAACAUAUAGUGGGAUACUAUGCUAUAGUCUUCUCCUUUCUUGAAGGCAUUUGUUGCUUAGUAUGUUAUAACGAAAAAGCUUCAUUUUCAUUAUUUAUUCAAAAUAAUGGUUUCUUUAAAGUCAUUAUUGAGUAUACUCUUUAUAUCAUACACAUGUAUAUGGGUUCUUGUUUUAUUCCUAAAAAUCUCAUGUAGCAUUUAUUAGCAUUUUUAAUUUUUUUUUUCAGUUUAU